ACAAAUAUUAUAUAAAAUUUCACAGAAUUUUGAUAAUGUAAACAAAUCGAGGUAUCUAUAAAAGAUUCGCAAAACAAGUGCUCAACAACUAUUCGUAAAAAGUUCUUCAAAAUGAAUCUAUUAGGUUUGAUAACAGUCACUGUUUGUGUUCCUCUGAUAACUGGCUUAAUUCUUGACAGCGGAAGUGGUAGCAUUAAAAAUACCCUAACUACCGAAACUCUUGUUAAAAGAUAUGGCUAUCCAUUUGAAAAACACACUGUUCAAACAGACGAUGGAUACAUUUUAGAACUUCAUCGGAUUCCAUGCGCUUCAGAAUCAAACGAAGCAUCGAACACCCCUUGUCCAGUGGCAUUCCUUUUCCACUGCCUGCUCUGCUCAUCAAGUGAAUUUGUUAUAAUGGGACCGGACGACUCCCUUGGCUUCCUUCUUUCCAAAGCUGGAUAUGACGUCUGGCUGGGUAACGCCCGUGGAAACACUUAUUCGCGAAACCACGCCAAUCUCAAAGUGAAUGGAGUGUUAAAUGACAAAUUUUGGGACUUUUCAUGGCACGAAAUCGGCAUGAUCGAUUUGCCCACUAUGCUUAAAUAUGUUCUAAAUGAAACAGGAGUGGAACAGGUGACGUAUUUCGGACAUUCUCAGGGAACAACAACCUUCUUUGUGUUAAAUUCCAUGCAACCAGAGUAUAAUAAAAUCUUCAAGUCAGCUCACUUGUUGUCACCGGUGGCUUACUUCAAUGGAAAUAACACAUUUUUACAAGUUGGAGGGCCCUAUGUAGGGCGAUCAAGUUUGAUACAAACAGCUUUUGGAAAAACAGAGUUUAGGCCAAGUAAGGAAAUAAUGAAGCUUGUUGGCAAGGUUUUGUGUCCAAAUUCCUCAAAAAAUCACAUCUUCUGUGAGAAUGCAUUACUUCUAUUAGCUGGAUUUACCAACGAAACUGUUGCAAAGACUGCUGUAGCAGAUGUUAUGGCUUCAACACCUGCUGGUGCUUCAACUAAUCAAGUCUUCCAUUAUAUUCAAGAAUUUGUUUCUGGUAAGUUCCGUCAAUUUGACCAUGGCUUCAUUGGAAAUUUGAAAGCUUACGGAAGCUUAAGUCCUCCUGAAUAUCCCUUGGAAGUUAUCGAUGUACCAAUAUUCAUGUACCACAGUGUGGCGGAUAGUCUUACUUCAAUAAAGGAUGUUGAUAAAUUGGUCAAGAGACUUAAGACAUUGGUUGGAAAAUAUUUUAUUGAUAUUGAAAAUUUCGAUCAUAUGGCGCACUUGUACGCAGAAAAUCUUGGCGAAAAAGUCAACAAACAUGUUAUGAAGGAUGUUGCAUCAAUGAAAUAAUCU